GCAGAAUCCUUGUCCUUUGCUUGGGAGAGGAUCGUUCAAAUGUACCUUCCCAAACCAACUCUAAUCACAUUCUCGAACACGCACGGGUUCUAAUCUGCACCCUCCAGCGAGAGAUGCCGAGAAAUGAUGCCCCGAAAUCCCAAGCGACAAGAUCAAAUACCCAUUGCUGCCUUUCCCGCGAGUUCUCCACGGCAGCCUCCACCAACACCGACAAAAUCGCCGUCAUACACGCCUCCGGCGGUGCCCUCCUCUCCCGCCAACCCCGUCCCCGCUUCUCCAUUUCCGACGAUGCUGCUCCCGCUCCCGUCCGACAACAACUCCUCUACGACGGCGACCACUCCUUCACGUACUCCCGCCUCUCCUCAGCCGUCAAUUCCCUCACCUCCCAGCUCCUCUCCGCCCCUCAACCUCCCGGCAGUUACAAGAAGCUCGGCCCAAGAAUCUUCGGCAUAUACAUGCCGCCGUCGGCGGAAUACAUAGUGUCCGUACUGUCAGUUUUGCGAUGCGGCGAGGCGUUUCUGCCUCUGGACCCUUCCUGGCCCAAACAGAGGUUACUUUCGGUAAUUUCCUCGGCCGACGUCGACCUAAUCGUCGCCAGUAAGACGCCGUUUGGAUUCGAAUCGGACUCGAAUUGGCUACCGGAGACCUGCAAACGCAGUGUUUUGUGGUUUUCAAUGGAAGAGGUUGAGGAGUGUAGAAAUGGAGUAAUUGAUUGGGCGUGCAAAUGUGAGAGUGGUGGGAAAGAGAGGUUGUGGUGUUAUUUGAUGUACACUUCCGGUUCGACCGGGAAGCCGAAAGGCGUGUGUGGAUCUGAGGAGGGACUUUUGAACCGGUUCCGGUGGAUGCAGGAGCUGUAUCCACUGUUUGGUGAUGAGGUUUUGUUAUUCAAGACCGGAAUAAGCUUUGUUGAUCACCUGCAGGAAUUUCUCAGCGCAAUUCUCACUGGUUGUACCUUGGUCAUACCUCCUUUCGAUCACCUUAAGCGAAAUGUGAUUUCGAUUCUGGAUUUCAUACAGGCUUACUCUGUCAGUAGGCUUACUGCUGUGCCAUCACUUAUGCGAACUAUCCUUCCUUCUUUGCAAGGUCGAGAGGAGGAGCGGCUUCCAACUUCUUUGGAUUUGUUAGUGCUCAGCGGUGAAGUUCUGCCUUUAUCAUUAUGGGAGAUGCUCUCCAAGAUAUUACCCAGGACCUCUAUCUUGAAUUUGUAUGGGAGUACUGAGGUUUCUGGUGAUUGUACAUAUUUUGAUUGCAAGAGGUUGCCAAUGAUUUUUCCUUUGGAGACAGACACACUAGCAAGUGUUCCAAUUGGCAUGCCUAUUGUUAAUUGUGAUAUUGUGCUUGUUGAUGGCGAUGGUGUAUCCAGUGAGGGGGAAAUUUGUGUUGCUGGUGUAUGCAAUUCUUCUGGAUACUAUUCUGACUCUACAUUUACACCUUUGGACACUGUAAACGUGCUUCAAGAUUCUGCUUGUUGCAGUUCUGUAAAUGGGCACAGAAGUCAAUCUUAUUUUCGGACUGGUGAUUUUGCCAAACAGCUUCCUAGUGGUGACUUGGUGUUCUUGGGUAGAAAAGACCGUACUAUUAAGUACAAUGGGCAGCGUAUUGCUUUAGAGGAAAUUGAAGAUACAUUGAGGGGACAUCCAGAUGUAAAGGAUGCUGCUGUGAUUUUUCAUAAAGUUCAAGGGGAACUCAUGUCACUUGUAGCUUUUGUAAUAUUAAGAGAAGGAAGACCCAGUGAGAUACUUAGAUCUUCCAUCAAAAGUUGGAUGGCUGACAUACUUCCAUCAGUAAUGAUUCCUGGCCACAUUGUUAUCAGUGAAUCAUUUCCUGUGUCUUCUAGUGGAAAAAUUGACUAUGAGUUGUUGGCUGAAUCAGUAUUUCUUGCAAAUCAUGUCCGAGAUGGGAUUGGUGAUGUUGGGAGCCACAAUCUACUGCAAGUAAUUAAAAGGGCCUUUAGUGAUGUUUUAAGGGCUGAUGAGGUUUCUGAUGAUGAUGAUUUCUUUAAGAUGGGUGGAGAUUCAAUUGCUGCUGCCCAUCUUUCUAAUAAUAUAGGAGUUGAUAUGCAACUGAUAUAUUCCUUCCCAACUCCAUCUAAGCUUUGUGCUGCUCUUCUGGAGAGAAAAGGAUCUUUCAAUAUGAAUGUUAGCAGAGAUUCUAGAUCGAAGAUGAGUCUGGAAGGGGAUAAACAGAGCAUUUAUCAUGUCCACUCUGAGACUCCCAAUGCAGUAAAUGUUGACGGGCAGAGGAGAUUUCUAAGAACUCUUUCUGAAAGAAAUGAAGAUGAUGCAAUUAUCUCCAAACGCUGGAAAGUUGAUUCAAAUGUUGCUUCAGGUGCUACUGGUCCAUCAGAUUGGUAUCCAUGGAAUUCUGGGGCAAUACAUGUGUCAUGUUCUUUCAGCCGGUGCAACAAAGUUGUCCAUGAAGGUGGGUCCAGGGUGAAAGAUAUGUAUCAAGCAACCUGUUCUGCGAUGGUCCCAAGAAGAAAAGUUAAUAUGCAAGAAUCGUGGAAAGUUUACAUGGGAUCCUGUGUUGAUGCAUCACCACUUAUUGUUCAUAAAGAUCAGGAUAUAUACUUAUUUAUUGGAUCACACUCGCAAAAAUUUCUGUGUGUUAAUGCCAGAAGUGGUUCUGUCCAGUGGGAGGCACAACUAGAAGGACGCGUGGAAUGUUCAGCAGCAACUCUUGAUGACUUUACACAGGUUGUAGUUGGAUGCUAUAGAGGGAAAAUAUAUUUCCUUGAUUCUUUGACUGGUAACAUCUGCUGGACUUUCCAAACAUCUGGUGAGGUAAAGUCACAGCCCGUCAUAGACAGUCAGAGACAAUUGAUCUGGUGUGGAUCAUAUGACCAUAACUUAUAUGCUCUUGAUUACAAAAAUCAUUGCUGUGUAUAUCAACUUCCAUGUGGUGGGAGCAUCUGUGGGUCACCUGUAAUUGAUGAGACCAAUAACAUACUUUAUGUGGCUUCUACGAGUGGCCGAAUGACAGCUAUAUCAAUAAUGGCACUCCCAUAUUCUAGUAUGUGGCGGCAUGAGUUAGAAGCUCCAGUGUUUGGGUCUCUUGCCAUCAAUUCUCUGAACGGAAAUAUUAUAUGUUGCUUGGUGGACGGUCAGGUGCUUGCCUUGGAUACUAGUGGAUCUGUUAUUUGGAGGUACCGAACUGCUGGGCCUAUAUUUGCUGGAGCCUGCAUAUCUUCUGAUCUUCCUUUGCAGGUACUCGUAUGUUCUAGAGACGGAAGCAUCUACUCACUUAAACUGGAAACUGGAGAUUUACUUUGGGAAUACAAUGUUAAGGAUCCGAUUACUUCAUCCGCUUAUGUGGAUGAGCACUUGUGCUUGGCAUCUGAUCCGCCUAACUUGCCGGACAGGUUGGUUUGUGUCUGUUCCAGCUCAGGAAGCGUGUUCUUGCUCCGGGUUAACUCGGGUGCUGCCAAAGUUGCAAAUCAACGAAUGGAUAUUGAGGAAUUUGCAAGGCUGGACCUCGGAGGAGACGUAUUCUCUUCACCUGUGAUGAUUGGAGGCAGAAUUUUUGUUGGUUGUAGGGAUGAUUAUGUGCACUGCAUUACUGUUAAGCCCUAGGUCCGCAGGAACAGCGAGUUCCUUAAACAUGAAUUUUGUUGUUAAAUAUGUAAAGUCCUUUUGAGGUCAAAUUAUGUUGUCAAAUUUUUAUAGGACAAAUUGCAAUUUAGUCCUUGUAGUUCGGCCCGAUUUAACAUUAA